AUGACUUCUCACUCUACCGUACCGUCACCCACGUCUCGAAACAACAUGGGACCAAUUGAUCUUCCUCUGAAUUAUGAUAUGUCACGCUUCUACAUGAAUUUCCAGUCUCCACCUCCUGUAUCGGCUGCAAUGCUGCGUCAGGGCCAGGCGACUCCUCCAAUGUCAGAUUUGGGUGAUUCCACCGAAGACGACUUUGGACUUGACUGCACAUUCUAUUCCCCUCCAGUAUCGGCAACAAUGUCCAGCCAGGGACAAUUGACUCCUCCAAUGUCCAUUUCAGAUCUAGAUGGAUACACCGAGCAUGAUUUUACGACAUUUGAUUGCACGCUUCCUGCCGGAAUGACUCCCAGCAACGGAAAGUUCUAUCUUCAAGAAAAGAGGCGUAUGCAAAAUCGGGAAGCGCAGCGUCGAUUCCGUGCCCGCAAUCAGAAGCACAUCAAAGGUCUACAGAAAGAGCUGAACGAUUUACGCGCGGAGAACACUAAAUUUCUGGAGGAGAACAACAAAAAGGACGAAGAAAUCUCUCGUCUGCAGAAGAAGAUCAAAGAGAUGAAUAGAGAGACCAAGGACAGCAUAGAGUCAAUGGAGACAGAUACAAAAAUGGACAGCGACAUGCCAGCACGCUGCCAGUGUUGGACACGCAACGGAACCCUUGCGCGAUUUCGACCCACAGAUCUCGUAUGCAGAAAGACCUCCAUGCCGGGGUCUCCUGACAGCACAGGAAAGGAGGAUGAUUGUCGGUCAGGCUACGGUAUUGUCAUGGAACUUGUCCCCGCAGAUCGCAGACACUCCGAACACACUUAUGAGUCCUUUCGUAAAAGAUUGGAAGCAAAGGCCGGGGAUGAGUCUGAAGAGACGCCGGAGACCACCGAUAAUGACCGAAUGACCGCCAAUGAGCCGGAGGGGGAGUACUUUUUGCUUUCGCCGUUGACUGUACACUAA